GUGUACAUCAAACGCACCCAGAUUCUUGAUCUCGUCGCUGCAAAAGGCAUGUCUGUCAUACAGACUGCGCGUGCGAGCCAAAUCACAGCGCACGAGGCAAGCAUUUGCGAUCGACUGGGCUCACAGCCGCACCCAAACAUAGCCGAAUACUUAGGCGUGCAGGUAAGUGACAAACUCAACUGUGCAGUAGGCCUCGUGUUCAAGAGGUAUGACUGUACGCUCCGUGAGCUAGUCACCCGACGCCAGAAGUUCGAUAUGAGGCUAUGUCUCCAAUUCGUGUUUGUAGCUAUCCAGUACCUCCAUAAGCUCGGUAUCGUGUAUGGCGAUCUCAAGCCGCACAAUAUCUUCGUCAAGCGUGGUGCUAAAGACCACUCUGUCAUUGAAGACUUUGAUAGUGCUCAUGACACGGGCAGUGUGAUCACACUGAAAACUGGAGAUCCUCGUUGGAGCAGACGCAAGAGGGUUGGAGAGGACGUCGCGGAGGAAGAUGAUGACUGGUCUAGGUUUCGAAAGCUGACAGAGUGGUUGGUGGGAGAGAGGGGUGGGGAAACUGGGGGACUACAAGGGUAUUGGGAAGACUCGGAAGACAUAAUAAUCCUCAACACUAGAAAUCGAGUCAUGGAAUAUCUCUAA